CGCCGGUCCUCACCAAUUGCCAGGGCGCAGCUAGAAUCAAUCUUCAUAUCUCUUAGCUGUACAACAUUGGAUAUUACGCAGCAGCCUUAACCGUCGCCGGCUUCGUCUAUUCGCUUCCGCCAACCAUCGAUUCAUCCGCCCCAGCAAAAUGGCGGCUAAGCCAGUAAAAGAGCCCAAGAAGGCUCGUGAAACAAGAUCAGAAAGCGUAUCAAGCUCGUCGGCAGCCUCAGAUUCCGGAGCCGAAGAGUCGUCGAGUUCUAGUUCAGAGGCGGAACAGUCCGAUAGCUCUGAUAACGAAAGCGCCGCGUCUUCAGACGAAAAGGCCACUGGCCAGAAUGGAGAGUCAGGUCAAAAAGUCUCAAAACCAAAGGCUUUCGGCGCACCGCGGCAAUACAAACCACCUUUCGGCUUCAAAUCUGCCAAAAACCAGCCUUCCUCAUCCACUACAACCUCCACCUUGUCGAACCUAGCCGGAAAACAAGUAUUCCACAUUACUGCACCUGCAUUCCUUCCACUUUCGAAGGUCAAGGAAGUCUCGUUAGCAGGAGCUUUGAAAGGCGAACCGAUCUUAAAGCACGGAGGCGUCAACUAUGGAAUCCCCGCGGAUAGUCUUACACACGCCCAGGCAGGCGCCGGCGGACAGUCACUAUUCCUCUAUGACGCCAAGUCCCAGUCCUACUACACCACAGUGACGAGUAUCCCUACCUACCGCAUCCAGGAAAUGGUCGAACUUCCAGGCGGCGCGGAACUGGAGGAAGCCACCGUCAGAUCUGCAAAGGCCAUGGAGAAGCCGCCGAGAAAGCAACCCAAGCAUUUAAAGAUGCGCUUCCGGCCUGUCGGGAGCGGUGACGCGCCACCAGAGACGCUGGGUUCGAGCUCUGAGGAGUCAGAGGGGGAGGAGCAUACAGUGAAAGUGCCCCAGGGGCUUGAAAAGGAGAAGGAGAGGAAGAGAAAGCAUCAACAAACAGAGGGUGAUGGGAGCCAGGCCGCCGGCUUACCGCGGAAGAAGUCGAAGAAGCAUUCUAAUGAUGUCGAGGCCGGGGAAGAAAAGUCCAAAAAGAGCAAGGAUCGGGAUGGUAAGAAGCGAAAGAAGGAAAAGGCUUGAUUGAAGGUUGGUGGAAGUCCAAAAAGCUUAGCGAUAGAUUGUUCUUAAGUAUCUCAUGCAUCAUGCCA